GUGACAGGGAGAAGCUGGAAGCCAGAGAGGAGGGUCAGACCAGGAGGGGAACUGAGAGUCUGAGUAGGCAUCCAGGGUUGAGGGAGGAGCACAUUUGCAUUUUAGAAGAGACUCAGGGAAAGCUUGUGUGUGGAGAAGGAAGUCAGAAGAGAAGGGCUAUGUGUGGGGUAGGUUUGUUAGAACAGACAUCCAAGGCUGACUUGUAAGAGAAAGAAAACAUCUGCAAAUACAAUGCUGUUUCUGCAAAUUGUGUUGCUGGUGUUUCUCCUCCCAGGUGGUGACAGUGAAGAUGCCUUCCAGAAGCCAAUCUCCUUCAGAAUUAUCCUGACCUCAUCCUUUUAUAACUCUUCCUGGACACAAAAUCAAGGCUCAGCAUGGCUAGAUGAGCUGGAGACUCAUGGCUGGAACAACAAGACUGGUGCUUUCAUUUUCCUGUGGCCUUGGUCCAAGGGCAACUUCAGUAAGGAGAGGUUCAUAAAACUGGAAAGCAUAUUCCAUACAAAUUCCAUUAGACUUCUUCAGAUAUUUCAUUACCAUGUCAACGAAUGGCAGCUUGAAUAUCCCUUUCAGGUACAGAUUGCAGGAGGCUGUGAUUCCCACUUUGGAGACAUAUCAGUAGGCUAUGCACAGAUUGCUUAUCAAGGAUCAGAUCUCAUGAGUUUCCAGAACAGAUCAUGGUGGCCAUCUCCAAAGGGAGGAAGUAGGGCUCAGCAGGUCUGCAGACUAUUCAAUCAGUACCAUGUUUUCAAUGAAAUAUUACACACCCUCCUCAGUGACACCUGCCUCCGGUUCCUGUCGGGUCUUCUUGAUUCAGGGAAGGCACAUCUCCAGCGACAAGUGAGACCAGAGGCCUGGCUGUCCACUGGCCCCAGUCCAGAUCCUGACCACCUCCUGCUGGUGUGCCAUGUCUCUGGCUUCUAUCCAAAGCCUGUGUUGGUGAUGUGGAUGCGUGGUGAGCAGGAGCAGCAGGGCACCCAGCAAAGCAACAUCCUACCCCAUGCUGAUGGGACAUGGUAUCUUCAGAUGUCCUUGAAUGUGAAAUCCAGGGAGGUGGCUGGUCUAUACUGUCGGGUGAGACAUAGCAGUCUUGGAGGCCAGGACAUCAUCCUCUAUUGGGAGCAGCCCCACUCCAUGGGAUUGGUCUUCCUGGUGAUGAUAGUGCCCCUGGUGCUUCUGGCCGGUCUGGCAUUAUGGCUUUGGAAGUGCUGGAAGACACACUGGAGACAUCAAUGCACUGGCUUCCCCUCUGACUGAGAUCCCAGCAGCCCAGGCUCCAGUACUUACCUAAACCCAGUUCAGCAGUGAUGUGCUUGGAAUUCUCUGUGUGCAAUUUUGUCUUUCAGUUGUGCUUAAUGAUCAGUUAUCAAUAUAAGUUCAG